GAGGAAACAGAAGUGAAAGUAUGAACUUGCUUCGCCCGGUUUACACUGGUUUUGACAGAGCAAGGGAGAGCAAACGGAGCCAUGGCGUCUGCUUCUUACACAGAGGAUUUGAAUUGUUCCAUCUGUCUGACAUUCUUCACGGAUCCUGUAGUGCUUCUAUGUGGCCACUCUUUCUGCAGAGAAUGUAUUCAUCGUUCUCUGAGUUCACAGCGCCAGUGUCCACAGUGUCGAGCAGAUGUUCCAGAAACGGGGAAAUGUCUUCCAACCAAUCACAGUUUGAAAAGUCUUGUUGAAAAAGAAGUCGACAAGUUGAGGAGAGAGCAUGAAAAUGUCAAAGAGGUUGAUGAAUGGUUGUGCCAUGAACAUGAAGAAAGGCUGAAGCUGUUCUGCGUCACUGAUCAGCAGUUAGUUUGUAUCAUAUGCCGUGACGGAGAGAAGCAUCAAGGGCACAAGUUUACGCCAGUCAAAGAAGCAGCCGCACCUUUGAGGGAGACGUUGGAGGCAUAUAUGCAAGGCAUUGCUGAUGAUAUCAAUGCUACAGAGAGGCUGGCCAACACACAGAGGGAGGAGAUAGCAAAAACCAAAGACAAGGCUCAGCAGCUGACGACCCAGAUCAGCACACAGUUUAAGGAGAUGCACCAGUUUCUAUGGAAGAGAGAAGAUGAGAUCAAAAAUGACCUGAAACUCAAAGAGGAAAAUGCUCUGGAGGAAAUGAGUGACACAUUAAAUACCAUGGAAACUGCUUUGACUGAGAGCAGAGUUCUAGAGGAAAACGUACCGUGUGUUCUGGAAAUCACAGAUUCAGAGGUUCAUAAAGAGCUGGACUGAGAAUAAAGGCAGGGGAC